AUGCCCAGUCCAGCACAGCCGAACCUACCGUCCCCAAGCACCGUCGCGUUCGGCGCCGCGCCGACUCACACUCACGGUUACAGUCAGCCGCUCAACACCAAUGACGGUCGUCACUCUCCGGGCGCUAUCGUCGGAAUCUCCAUCUGCGCCAUCGUCUGCUUUGCCUGGAUCGCCCGAUACUCUUACCUCGCAUCACCUUUCUGGCUCCAGCACGUGAGACGCUGUCUGGGAAUGCGACCAGCGUCACGAACGCCCAUCUCCCACAUUCCGCUGCCGUCGCACAGUCAUUAUCAUCGUUAUUAUAGUAGCGACAAUGACAGUCUUAGCAUCGGUGCAGAUGAUCUUCCGACUCAACACCCUUCCUCUUCCGUGGGAGCAGGAGUCAUCACGCGACCCCAGCGGGUGUACCUCCGGCCAAAUUCAAAGGACACCUUACCUCUUUAUGAGCCGACCAACCAGUUCAGCAGCGAUGUGCUGGAGGGAUUGUUCGACCUAGGCCCAACACCGGGAUCAUCACGCGCCCCGUCUUACCGGUCCAAGUUGUCGCAGGAAUGGAUGAGUGCGAUGGGGACCAUGACCAGGAACAACAGAACAGACGAGGAAUCCGGGAGGGUAGUCUUCAGGGUCAGGGAGGUGUAG